CACUGGGACUCUAGCCCAAUACAGGCAUUUGUCUUAAAAACGGCGAAGUCUCAAGCCAACAGAGAUAGGGUUUUCGAUUGUCACCACCACCACCACUUCUGGUAACGCAGUGUCUCUGAUUUUCACUUGGUUAAAGACCUCUAGCUUCACGGUCAAACAUCAUAAACCUUUUGCCGCCGUCACUAAUAGGAAUUAACUGAUCUCGUCAAUGGCGGAGGUGGAGGAGAUUGCGCACGAGGAGCAGAAUAUCGAGAAGAGGGAGAAGAAGAAAGGUAAACACGAGAAGCCGAAGCCAUGGGAUGAUGACCCAAACAUCGACCGUUGGACAAUCGAGAAGUUUGAUCCGGCAUGGAACCCCACUGGUAUGACUGAAACCAGCACGUUCUCAACACUCUUUCCUCAAUACAGAGAGAAGUAUCUUCAGGAGUGUUGGCCUAGAGUUGAAUCUGCUCUUAAGGAGUACGGUGUCGCCUGCAAGCUCAACUUGGUUGAAGGUUCUAUGACUGUUUCGACGACGAGGAAGACAAGAGAUCCAUACAUCAUUGUCAAAGCUAGGGAUUUGAUUAAGCUUCUUUCCAGAAGUGUCCCUGCUCCUCAGGCAAUUAAGAUUCUCGAAGAUGAGGUGCAAUGUGAUAUCAUCAAGAUCGGUAACUUGGUUAGAAAUAAGGAAAGAUUUGUUAAAAGAAGGCAGCGGCUUGUGGGUCCUAAUUCUUCUACCUUGAAGGCGCUGGAAAUAUUAACCAACUGUUACAUUCUAGUUCAGGGAAGUACUGUAGCCGCUAUGGGUCCAUUUAAAGGUCUCAAACAGCUCAGAAGGAUUGUGGAAGACUGCGUACAGAAUAUAAUGCAUCCUGUAUACCAUAUAAAGACUCUCAUGAUGAAAAAAGAACUGGAGAAGGAUCCAGCUCUUGCAAAUGAAAGCUGGGAUAGGUUUCUUCCCACAUUCAGGAAGAAAAAUGUUAAGCAAAAGAAACCCAAAAGCAAGGAGAAGAAGCCAUACACACCUUUCCCACCUCCUCAACCACCUAGCAAGAUUGAUAUGCAGUUGGAGUCUGGAGAAUACUUCAUGAGUGAUAAAAAGAAGUCAGAGAAAAAAUGGCAGGAGAAGCAAGAGAAACAGUCAGAGAAGAGCACAGAGAACAAAAGAAAGAGAGAUGCCUCAUUCCUCCCACCUGAGGAGCCUAUGAACAACAAUAGCAACGCAAACAAAUCAGAGGAUGGAAAGAAUGAUAUAACCGAGUUAACAAAUUCCUUGAAGAGCAAGACGAAGGAGUUGAAAAAGCAGAAAAAGACACACGAGAGAGUGAAUGCGGAGGAGUAUAUUGCUGGUCCAUCUUCUUCUGCUGAUAAAUCUUCCAAGAAGUCCAAAAAGAUUAGAGAUUAAUUCUAAAUCCUGUUUUUUUUUAAAAAAAAAAAAGAGAGAAAAGAUUGAAACUUAUCUAUGCUCAAAACUGUAAAAACAAGUUAAAUCUUUAUUUCAGCCGUCAAGUUACUUCAUUAACCAAAGAGGUAUUACAAAGUUGGCCAAGAUAUUACAACAGGCAGGAUUCACACACAAUCUCUCGCUUGCUUCGCUAGACUACUUGUAUGCAUAAAAGAGAAGAUACAUGUCUUUGAAAUGUUGAUAUUAGCAAGAUAUGUAUCGUAA